AUGGCUGAAGAGCGGCCGGCCAAGAGGUUCAGAUAUGAGACCUACAACAAACAGCUCGGCCACCUGAAGAUCGACACGGGCAAGAGCAAAGGACUGAACUGGGAUGAUGUACAAGAAGCAGCGAAGGAGGAUGACUUGGCGCAGACGGUCACCCCCCUCGGCACAGCUCUCGAAGAUCUCGCCUUGCUUUAUUUGACAUUACCAUACCAAGCCUUCACCAAGAAGAUCAUUCCUCUCACCCGGUCACUCCCUCUCAUCCUGCAUCACAUCCCUCAGCUACAACAACACUUUCACGAAUUCUUCACCGAGAUAACGAGCCAAUCGACUACGCAGAAUUCUGGUCUAGAUGGAGUGCUCCUGCUUUACGAAAAGUUCUUCGAGACGGUCCUCGACGAAGGUGUUGGCUGCGCCGAACAAGCUGUCGAGGACUUGUUCAGGAUCGGAGCUGUCAACGGUCUCGAGGCGGUCUUGAUAGAAAAGACCUACUCCACGGCCUCACAGGUGUUCAAGCUCCUCUCUUCUGCCCUCUUGACGGCCGAUAGCAAAGCCACCAAGACGAAUUCGACCAAGUCACUGAAGAGGAAGAAGAAGGCUGCUGCCCAGGUCGAGACUGUCUCGCCCGAAGCUCGGUUGGAGGGUAUCUGGAAAACAUGCAAGGCAUACCUCAGCAAACAGAUGAAGCCGCACGUCCGCAAUUGUGCGGCCAAGGUGUGGGCAGUUCUGUUGAGGCGGGCAAGGGGACAACCUAUGCGGAACAUGGUGGUGGUCAUGGUCAAGGACCUAGACGAUGAAGACGCAGUCGAAGGUCUGGCGGCGGCUCUCAGCGAGGGCCUGAAGGGAGCACCUCAUUUGCUGCAUUCGAGAGCACCACAGAUCUACACGCAUCUCGUCCUUCACCUGCUGCAGAUCGAUCAACCGGCUCCUCUCCUUCGCGUACUCGUUCUUCUGACGACAUCGCUCAUCCACCACGGAUCAGCUACCGCGAUGCAACCGAUUCAUGAGUUCAUCCUCAAGCUGUUGAAAGCUCCAAUCACGGCAUCACCCAUGGAAGACGUUUCUACUGAUGAGACUACCUUGCCAGCCUCGCUCACUGUGGCCCAGAUGGAACUCGUGCUUCGUCUUUCUGCGACACUCUUGGGUGUGCGCAAAGGUCAGAGGUUGCCGACAUCCAGCAACGAGAAGACGACGACCCUACAGACCUACAUGAUAGCCAUGCAAGGGCUCACCCCGCAUGUUGCCACCGGUGCCGGUUUCAAACGAGAAUACCUGAAAGCCUUGACUGGCGCGCUUGUUGCGGGAAAAGUCAAGGACUGGCUGUCGCCUGGGAUCAGCUUGAUCAAAGCGACUUGGCAGGUCUUGGAUGUCUCGGACAGAUUAGCUUGGGUGCGAGUCCUCGUCAGAGUCGGGUGGAAGGGAAUCGAGCAAUUCAUCCUUGCCGACAUUGCCAGGACUUGUACGGAAGCCCUGGACUCCCACCGCUCGGAAGCUCUCGGUGUCCUUGCGCUUCUUGCAGACCAGGGCUACCUUGACGGGGGUCUCGUCAACGUCGAAGGUGGCCAGUGGAAGACCCGUCUCGGCAGGCUUACCGGGGAUCUUUUGAGCGACUGGGACGGCCGAAAAGCAGAUCUCUCUAACAGCGACAUCAGAUCUGCUUGCAAGUUGCUCAAAUUGUGCACGAAGCUCGACAGGAGUGCAAACGACUUUCUUCCAGCUUUGACCCGCUUUUUGAGUGGCAUGCGUGAACGACUCUGUCUGCUGUCAGAGACAGAAGCCAAAGCGGAAUACGCUGCUGCCGCGUACAACCGUGGUUAUCUUUUGAGCUGCGGGCUCAAGGCGCUCGGCGAGCUCGUCAGCGCGGGAGUUCAAGGAGCCGAAUCGGCUGCGAAGCAGGUCAUUGGCGACGUCAACGAGCUGAUGCGGGCUUGGAGCUGGUCGCGAGGUAUUGUCUCGGGUGUCGGAAGACUGGCAGAGACAGCGCUACCUAAGCGAUCUCCCCUGGAAACCAUUGUCUCUUCUAUUGCCGGACGUUUGCAAUCGGACGACCCAGAAAUUCGUACUGGUGCACUCCGUAUCCUUGUUACUGGAAAAUUCCCCGCUCUGCGCACCCUCGAUGGGGAGAUCGCAGACUCGGACGAGAACAAUGUCUUCGCGUGUGGUAUCCAGAUUGAAGAGGCAGGAAUGUCGCUGCAGAACGUCAGGGAGAGAACGACAAAGAUUAGGAAGAUUGGACUUGUGCUGCGUAGUCUCGAUAUACCUGAUGCGGAAUAUGCUUGGUUGAUCGAAGCCAUCAUACGAUAUCUGUUCAGUCAAUUGAAGGUCAACUUCAGACCCCUGUACAGCGAUACCCUCGAGGUUCUCGGCGAGAUUGGCAAGCGUUAUCCGGAAAUCCUCUGGUCGAUCGCCAUGGCAGAAAUCAACAAGUGCCACGCUGGUGAACUCGCCAGUCUCAUCUCUGUGCCAAAACCUGAUUGGGCUACCGAAGAUGGGGAAGCGGAGGCUUCGACAUCGACGGAGGCCAACUUGGAUAAAUCAUUCCUCUGUCCAAACGCUACCAAGCUCUAUCAAGCCACCAACCGGGAAUUGUCGAUGCAAGCAACGCAAUCUACCGAUGUCGAGGCAAUCGAUGACCAGGUUAACGAUGCUCGAUUAGACAUUGUCAACUACGAAGCUCAGGUGCUCGACUUAUUGGGAAAGCUACCUUCUCUCACCGAGAAACACGGAAGAGAGAUUGUGCCAAUAUUUCUCAACGUCAGCAACUUCGAUGACGAGGAUGACGGCGAAGAUCUCAACGAGGGCAAGCAAGCGAGCGGAUUGGUUCUUGGACGUCGCGCACGUCAGCAGAGACUGUCGAAUUACCUUUCGCUCUUCUCCCACUUCGGCAAUCCUAAAGCGCUUUACCGAACGGAUGACAUCCUCGCCGCCUAUCUGGACAUCCUCAGCAAGGGUGAAAAUCCUCUCCAAAACCUCGCCCUCACGUGUCUACUGACCUACAAGCAUUCCUACAUCGUACCUUAUGAGGACAACUUGCGUGGCUUGCUAACUGAGUCCAAAUUUCGGGAUGAAUUGACAAAGUUCCCCUUGGGCCAGAACACCGAGGCUAUCAACCCGGAUCACCGUGCGAACCUACUUCCGGUCGUGACACGGAUACUCUUUGGCAUCAUGAUCUCCAAAAAGGGACGCCACAGCUCAAACCAAGGUCCCGCGGCCCGGAAGAACGCAAUUCUGGCUGCAUUGGGCAACUGCUCGGGCCGCGACUUUGCCACACUCGUCGAGCUGAUGCUAAGGUCGUUCCCGCUUUGGAUCCGUGAUACAGCCCUGGACCCGACCGGCGAGGAUAUAUCAUCCAGCGAUUUGGAUGCGGUUCGAGGUCGGACUCAGAUCGGAUUUCUCAGUCUGCUCGGUGACGUCCUCAAGCACCUGUCCACGCAAAUCCUGGACUUUUGGCCUACGCUUCUGUCUUCGGCGCUGGCAUUGACAUACCACGCGCAGAGACACAUCUCUCACGAGGUUGCAGAGGUCCAAGACCAGAACGAGGAAGAAGACGAAGACCAAGAGGAUAACGGUUCAGGCGGACUGCCGGUUCGAACCAUCCGGAAUGCCGGAUUGCGAAGACUGUCAGCCUUCUUCAAGGCGCCUUCGGAGUUCGACUUUGCGCCCUACAUGCCAUACCUUUUCAAGCGCGUCAUCUCGCCGCGUCUCGCUCUACUGCCACAAGAGAACACCCAAGCGCCAUCCGCUAUCAUGGAAAUCUUCUCGUCCUGGUCGCAACGACCCGAGAUGUAUGACUUUCUCGUCAUUUAUGAUGACAGGGUACUGUCACAGCUCUUUGCAUGUAUCGGCCAGCCUAAGGUCAAGCCGGUCGUCAUCGGACAUGUUUUGGACGUUGUCGACCGAUUGCUAGCCGCUGCUGAAGAAGACGUCGAGGGUGGAAGGAUGGCCGAUACCUUCCUUAAGCCUUACAUGUCUGGCCUCUUGGACAAUCUACUCGCCUGCAUGGCCAACAUCAGUAAAGUCAACCUCAGCCGAGAUGACGUGACUCGGCGACAGAUCGGGGUCCUGCCACGUAUCAGUGCCUUUGCUCAACCUGGUGAACAGGCCCGCAAAUUGGUCACGUUGUUAGUGCCGAUUCUGCGAAAACCUGCCAAGCAGGUGUCGGAACGGGUCAAGGCGGACAUCCUUGCGACUCUCGGAACAGUCUUACAAAAGGUGCCCGAAUUUCAGGAUGCUCAAUCCGAGUUCUAUCGCACCAACUUCAACAUCGUGUCGACGCUCUUCCGCUCACUGCAUUCCCGCGCAGCCAGGCAAAACUUGGUGCUGGUUUUGCAAAGCUUUGUGGAGGCGGAUCCGAAGUUGAGCGUGGUGACUGAUGUGAUUGCGGGGCUGAACGCCUUUUCGACCAAGAGGGUCGAAGAGCCCGAUUUCGAUCGCCGUCUUCAGGCUUUCCAAACCUUGCACGAGAUGGACCAUUCAAGCUUGGGACACCGUUACUGGCAACCCCUCCUUCACAACUCGCUCUUUUACCUACAAGACCCGGAGGAGUUGACCAUCAGAUCCAACGCUGGUGAAGCCAUCAAGCAUUUCGUCAGCACUUUCAGCUCAACAGAUCCCGAUCAGGCCAUCGAGAACACGAUUAUGAAUCUCGUGCUUCCAGGUCUCAAGGACGUUCUACGUUCUCGACACGAGCUGGUCAGAGCUGAAGCCGUCUUGGUGAUCGCUCACAUGGUUGAACACUGUCGAGGUCUGGAGGUCUUUGACGAGAUGCGACCUUUGCUGGCUGAAGGAGACAUUGAAGCAAGCUUUUUCACCAACGUGUACCAUCUGCAGACACAUCGACGAACCCGAGCUUUCAGGCGAUUGACCGAUCACGUCGCUACCGGAACGAUCAGGGACGCUACUGUCUACGGUCUAUUCAUGCCUAUCCUCGGACACGUGUUGAGUGGCGCAAGUGACAAGACCGAUCAUACUCUCAUCAAUGAAGCCAUCACCACGAUCGGAAAGCUCGCUCGUGACUUGGGUUGGUCCAAAUACCACGCCUGCGUGCUCAACUAUCUGAGGCUUGGUACCGUCAAGAGCUCUUUGCAGAGGUAUUACGUGAGGGCAAUCACUGCUCUGUUGGACAACUUCCAUUUCGAUAUGCAGCAGCGCACAGUGGAUACAGCCGCAGCCGAGCAAGACGUCGAGCAGGAUGAAGAAGACCAGCAACCCCAAAUCGACCUUGCCGCUAGGGAGUCUGCAAAGAUUGCCGACUACGUUACAGGAAAACUACUUCCAACCCUCAUCCGAUUCGUCGAACAAAAAGACGAAACGGAGGAUUCGGUACGAAUCCCCGUGGCGCUUGGCGUCGUGAAGGUUGCCAUGGCUUUGCCAGAAGAGACACGAGAUCAAGAGAUAGGCAGGGUCGUUACUGUCUUGAGUCAGAUCCUGCGAAGCAAAGAUCAGGACACUCGGGAUCUAGUCAAGGAUACGAUCUGCAAGAUCGCUCUGACCUUGGGUCCUGACUGGCUCUCGCGCAUAGUCAAGGAGUUACGCGCCAGUUUGCAACGAGGUCCACAACUGCACGUUCUAGCUGUCGUCACUCAUGCCAUAUUGGCCUUCGUCACGACGGAGGCCGCUGAACUAUUCAGCAGUCUCGAUGACUCAAUCCCCGACGUCGUUGCAAUCUCGGCCGAGGUCAUCUGGGGACAGUCCGGUCAGGAUGUUGUGGCAGAUGGCUUCAAAACCAAGAUGCGUGAAGUCAGGGGUGCUAGCUCUCGAGGCUACGACAGCUUCCAACUUGUUUCGCGACUGGUAUCCCCGACUCGGGUCAACCAGAUUCUUGUCCCGCUCAAGAACAUCAUGCGAGAAACCUCGGCCGUCAAGCCCAUGCAGCAGCUUGACGAGGCGCUUCAUAGGAUAGCCAGUGGAUUGAACAGCAAUCCGCUUCUCGGUCCUGUCGAGAUGCUUCGCCUUUGUUAUACCCUCAUCAGCUCUAGUGCAGAGUUUCUGCGUCCCGCCAAGGCUGGAAAGGACCAGGAAGUCACCGCCAAGGAGGAUUACCGCGUUCACAUGAAGCGCAAGCUGGUUACCAAUGAGGAUCACUAUACUGAGAACUCGCAAAAGUUUGUAGGCUUUGGCUUGGACCUCUUCGUGACGGCCUUCCGUCGGGGCAGAUUCGACUUCGCCGACGCCGAGAUCCUUGGCCGCUUGUCUCCCUUGGUGAACGCCGUCGGCAACGCGCUCUACUCGAAAUCAGACUUCGUGUUAGGGUUAGCACUCAAAGCGUCCGCGGCGAUCACUAAAACUCCCGUCAAGGCGGUCGAUGAUGCUGUCCCGGCCAUGAUCGUCCAGAUCAUCGCUGUCAUCCGUCGGUAUGGAGGAUCUGCCUCUUCGGAGGUUGCGCAAACCGCCAUUCGAAGUCUUGCUGUUAUCAUCCGAGAUUGCAAGGCUGCGAUGGUCAAGGAGAAGCAGUUGGCCUACCUCGUCGAGAUCAUUGGCCCCGACUUGGACGAGCACGAGACUCAGGCUCCGGCCUUUGCCCUGUUGCGGGCCAUUCUCUCCAAGCGAUUCGUCGUCCCCGAGAUUUACGAUCUGAUGGAGAAGGUCGCUUCCGUUAUGGUUACAAGUCAAUCGGUCACGGUACAAGAACUGUGUCGAUCUGCCAUGUUGCAAUUCAUGCUGGAUUAUCCCCAAGGCAAGGGCAGGCUCAAGAGCACGAUGCAGUUCCUGGCUUCCAACCUCAGCUACGUCUACGAAAGCGGGCGAGUGUCGGUCAUGGAGCUAUUGUCACACUGCUUUGCCAAGUUCUCGGACGAACUGGUGACGGCGUAUUCGGACCUGUUCUUCCUCGCAUUGGUCAUUGUCAUCGCGAACGACGAUUCCGAAAAGUGCCGAGCGAUGGCAGGCGAGCUUCUGAAAAAGCUGAUCGAGCGCUACGACGCUGAUCAGAUGCAAAAGUUGGUACAGACCAUCGGGAAAUGGACAGCUCAAAGGGAGGAGGAUACGGCUCUGGCCAGGUCAGGCGCUGUCAUUGCCGCGCUGGCCAUGCAAAGCGGCAAUGCAGAAUUGCAACCUCAUCUUGAUGUCGUUGUGGACGACCUAAACAACAUCCUGAUCUCGUCCGCCGAUUCGCUUCAAGAAGCCGAGAUGCAGGAGCAAAUCUCCGCCUUUGACGCGGUCGAUCUGGACUACGCCUUACCGUACCAAACGUUGAACACUUUGUCCAUCUUGGCGGAACGUCAUGCCGAUGCUAGCAAGCACAUCGCUUGGAACUCGGUCGUACCCCUCCUGAUCUUCCCGCAUGACUGGGUGCGUUUGGCCGCGGCCAAACUGCUGGUCUUCCGGUUCAACCAAGAGCAGACCCGUGACGCAGGACAAGAUCAUGAGGUAGCCAGGAAGUGUUGUCUGAUUCUCGCGAGUGGGGCGGACCAAGGCGCUGCUAGGAGGAUUCCGAACAACAAACUCUGCGGUCAGAUUGUCAGAUUGCUGUUCACCAUCGGCAAGACCUGGAUCGACGGCUUUGUGCCUGAUGCCGAGAGCCGACAAGACGACCCAGAGUCCGAUGCAUCUGAUGACGAGGAUGAUAAUGCCGAAGAAACCGCAUUGACGGAGGGAUCUUCUCGUCAAAACGGAUUGUCUUGGCUGAUGUCCAGGUUAUCAUUCAUCGCUCGACGCCUGAUAAUCAAGAAGCCUUCGGCUGCGGAAUUGAUAGCACAGCCUGUUAAAUGGACACCACCUCUCACAGCUGUGUUCCAGACGUUCGCUGCCCUCAUCGACCACAUGUCGAAGGAGAGAGUUAAGUCUUAUCUGAAACACGUCUGCGAGCCAAUGUACCGAGUGCUCGACGAGAGCGGUGGCUUGGUGACUCGACCAGGUGAUGUCGAAUUGGACAAUCUCAACAUGCUUGUCACGGAGAUCAGGGACCUUGUAUCACAAAAGGUCGGGGUGACGGCCUUCUCUCGCACAUGGGAAGGCAUCCGAUCGCGUACCGUCGACAAGCGGGCCCAGCGAAGGAUGGACGCAAACGAAAGGAUGGUCAGGGAACCUCAGCUGGAAGCCUCUCGACGUGCUAAGCGUGCUGGAAUGAAGGUCGAUCACAAGAAGAAGAAGCAGAGAGCAUUUGCUGACGCCAAGGCGAGAGAGCGGCCGACGAAGAGGCGCAACUGAUAAACGACCGCUU